GCGAAAGUGAUUUGUAUUGAUUGUGUUUCUUUUCUGAUCUCUGGUGUUAUCAGUUUAAUCUCCUCAAAUAUUUGCAGUUUCUUCUAAAAGUAUUGCCCAGAAACUUCAUAAUUUAGACGGCAUGCUUACGUUGAAUCACAAUUUUAUUUGAUUCGUUGAAGAUUUUCAUGAUAUUUAACUUGUGAUGCGAAUACAAUAGUUGCAAAGUGAAUGUUGGUGCGACGGGUGCUACAAUGAUAAUGGACGCAGUUAAUCACUACAGCCUGAGCCAGCGUACGAAUCUUACGCAGGCCAUCAACUUUCCACUGCGUAACACUAGAAGGAUUAAGUUCACUUGCUUCGACGUUUCGGAGAAGUAUCUUGUGUUUGGAGCCAACUCCGGAAGCUUGUACGUGUAUGAUCGUGACACUGUUAGUUUUCUGAGUAUUAUUCCCAGUCAGCUGGGUACCAUCAGUCAGCUGUCGAUUUCACGCAAUGGAAAACAGGUUGCGAUUGCCAAUCUGCGGGGUUCAAUAGGAAUUUUGCUUGAUCUGGAAAAUACCGGUGGCUCCAAGGAGGUAUUGCUAACGGAACUUGGCGAUGGUAGUAAUGGAGCUUUCGUAACGUGUUUCUGCUGGGGCGAAGAUGAUCGAGAGGUGUACUGUGGAGAUUCGACCGGGACGGUCUCACUUCUGCAGUUGGCCAUGUUUAUGGGACGGAAUAUUUUGAAUAUAACACUGAAUCCGGUAUUGUUGUUGGAGUAUAAAAUUGUACAAAUUGAUCGAUAUCAGGAUCUUUUGCUGGUGUCCACACUUUCCAAAUGCGUUUUGUGCAACACUGCGCGGGAAGAGUUUAAACAGAUAGGGAAUCGCCCCCGAGAUGGACAUCAUGGUGCGGUUUUCAUCGUGAACCCAUCGAGUUGUACGGCACCGGUUACGGAAACUGAAGAAGACGACAAUUAUAAUAAACAAAUACCGUCGCCCUCUGUGCACUACAACUCGACCAGUGACAGUCCAAUGUUGAGGGAAGAUGUGCGAAUAUUUUGCGCCCGGCCAGGAUCUCGACUUUGGGAAGUUGACUUGGAUGGGAAUGUGUUGCGAACUCAUCAGUUUAAGAACAAAUCGGAUGCUUCUUCCCCACCGAAUGAUACUAUUUCGUUCAAGCUGUUGCAUACAAUAAGGAAUAGGCAGAUUCUAGUACACGAUUCCAGAGAGAUUUGUCUGAUAGAUCCCCUUGCCACCCGGAUGGUACUGUGGGCUAGCGAUUUCGAUCAAAUUGAACGUGUGGCCACUGUAGGAGAGUGCAUUUACGUAUUCGGAGGAGAACAAAAAUUAUUUCAACUUAAAGUAGACAUCGAGGAAAGCAGUCAACCAAAGAAAACAACAGUCAGCUAUGCAAAGAAAAGUUCACCACUCAAGGAAAACGGUGUCUACAUUUUGGAUCACUUGUUCAACAACAAUGGAACGAAAGAUAAUUCCUUACAAACGGAAGUAACCAUCAAGGAUGCUCUGGUGUCGGUUGUGCGCGGCAAGUACGGGCGAAACAUCAAACAGAUGUUUCUAGGAUAUGAUCAGAUUGGUCCCGAAAGGCCCAAGACACUGAACGUAAGCAAAAUGUACAAUUGCGAGGAGAACUUCAACGGUCUGACACGAGUUUUACCGACCAGUGAUGAUGGUCUCGAUAAUAAUGACGAUGAGAAUGAAGAUGAUCCCGCCGAGGAAGUUGUUCCGAAGAGAAACGCACAAAAGAAAAUGUUUUCCAUGUCACUGCUCAGUGAUUAUCAGCUCAGCGAGGAUGAUAAAACGGUGAGAAAUCUGUAUCUGGUGUACCGUUCUUCAACGAUCAGUAAUUUAAACUUUGCCGAUCGUUACGCAAAAAUAUUCGAUACGUACGAGUGUCGAAAGAUUGUUAGUUUGCUGUACAAAUUGGAACACGUAAUGGAAGAAAAUAAUGAAGACAAUGCAAGGCUCAAGUGUAUCCGCAUUUAUUUUGAUUAUUUGAAAGUGGAACUCAUCUGGGAGAUCGACGAGGAAUCAAGGAUUUACAUCAAGCGAAGUUUCAUCGAGUAUAACAGUAAACUACUAGACGGGGAACUACAGCAACUGGAAAAAUGUGAAUCGUGCAGCCAUUAUCUGCGGCCUACUACGUGCUGUUACUAUUCCGAAAUAGGAAUCACGUUAAUCAAGUAUUAUUGGUCUCGUAGGGAGUACAGUCAGUGCUUUGAGAUAGUGCAGCAAGUGCCGUACCUUUGGCUAGCCAUCACCAAGUUUCAUCUGCAGGAUCAACGUGAGGAUAAGGUCGUUCAGUGUCUGUGGAACGUGGCUGAUUGUCCUUUGCUGGAACGUGCCGCCAGCGAAAUGUUCUCCAUCGAUCUUUGGCGUCAAUUACUGGACCUAAUGUUGACCUACUACAACAGUAACAGCUUGAUGUGUUUGAACUGUGAUAAACUCUGUACGCUGACCGAUCCCGAUUGCAAUCGAACGGAGAAUGAACCCAGCGAUAGUCUUAAAAGCAAUAAUUAUGCUAAGCAAAUCGACAGUAAUAAUCAAAUACCCAACUCUAACCAAAGGAUUAACUUUUACACUUGGGAUUAUGUUUUGAACGUUGCAAUCAACAGUGAGCUAAUCAAAGGUAGGGACCUACUAAAUCUUCUACGUGGCUAUGAGGAGUACAUUCCCAAGGGUGCAAUCAGUACCAGAUUCUAUCUUAAAUGUCUAUUGGACACCAGUGAAUAGAAGAAAUAAGAACUACAUAAUUAUACGAAGAAAACAGUAAAGUACUAGUGUGCGCAAAAAAUAGCUACUUAAAGUCAUUGACAUUAUAAGUAAAAAGUUACAUAAUCAAAGCAUCUUUUAUCAAUCAGUAGCGGUAGUAUUUGGCUAAUGUUAAGAAUAUUUAAGACACAAAUUAGAUCCAUAUUUAGUUAAACUCAAGUUGGUGACGCAGGCGUUACCUUCGCCUAUCUCACUGACAAUAAUCAAAUCCAACCGGACAAGUAGGAAAGCUUUGAAUGUUCAAAUCAAGCCAAAAAUGUGUUGGAAUUAGUGGUUCGCCGGUUGCUUAAUCCAACGAGACGGCUUUCAACAUUGUUAUCAAAGUUGGUAUAUACAAUACAUAGGGGCUUAGUACUCGUUGCACCGCGGUAUUUUAAAAAAUUUUCGGCCUACAAUCGACGUGUUGGUGUCAAUAGCUUUGCUUCUCGGCUUAGAAACGUAAACACUAUCUGGAGAGCAACGUAUUUCAUCUUACCUUACCAUCAGAUCAAUAUAAGAACGGUUACUCUAUUCCACAUCACAGUGACUUCUACUAUAAAAUAUACAAAUCUUGUCUUGUAUUUUCGUGAAAA